CACAAAGGCAACCAAAUGACAAUCAACUUCACAUUCUUCAGCACCUGUUUAAUUAAUCAGGUCUGGACAAUAAUCAAGCUGAUUUCUGAAUGGGUUGGGGCCUUUGUUAGACAUCGUGGCUAUAAAAUGGUUUGACAGACUCUGUGGAAGAAUUUACAAGAAUAACUUAUGUCUAUUUGGAGUGAUGGGGUUCAGGCAAGUGUCUGCAGUGCUGCUGUUGGUCGUGGUGUUUGGCUGUGUUAGUGAUGCUUGGAUCUCCAGAUGGUUUUAUCCGAGAUUGGGGUUUCUGCAUGACGAUGGCGUUUCAGCCCAGUUUGACACUCCGAAGCCAAUGCAAGAAGACCCUGUGGGACAAGAACCUAGCAAGCCCGUUGUCGAGCCUGUGGGGCAGGAAACUAGCCAGGAUGAAGACCCUGAGAGCUUCCAGUCCAAGCAGACAUUUGAGAACCCUCUGACUUGGCUCUAUCCUACGAUUGAGAAGCAUGAGCGCAAAUCUACAGUGUUUGAGCGGCUAAAGCAGGUGGCAGCCAACGGUGUUGUGGCUUGGUGUGGGCAAAGUGUGGUCCGUGUGGAGGUGAAACAGGAACUUCUGGGGAUUGGCCGGCUCAUCCAGCCAGAGCUUAUCACUCUAGGAGGCUGUGCUGCCAUUGAGGAGGAUGCUGAAGCUCUUGUGCUCACUUUUGAAUCAGAGCUGCAUGGCUGUGGCAGUGAGCUGAUGAUGACUGAGGAUGUGCUGAUCUACACCUUCACUCUUGUCUAUGAGCCAAAACCUCUUGCUAACAUUUCUAUAUUGAACACCAGUAAAGCUAUGGUUGAUAUUGAGUGUCACUACUUGAGGAAUCAUGAAGUGAGCAGCAAUUCCCUGAAGUAUGCUGUAGAAUCUAGCAAUCCUGUGGGCCGAGAACCUAGCCAGGUUGUUAUAAAGCCUGUGGUAGAGCCUGUGGGCCGGGAACCUAGCUUAGAGCCUGUGGGCAGGGAACCUAGCCAGGUUGUUAUAAAGCCUGUGGUAGAGCCUGUGGGCCAGGAUCCGGUUGGAAAGACUGUUGGACAGGAACCUAGCAAGCUUUAUGGUGGGCUUUUGGGCUUAGAAACUAGCGAGCCUGUGGGCCAGGCAGCUGGAGGGCAGCCUGUGGGCCAGGCAGCUGGAGGGCAGCCUGUGGGCCAGGCAGCUGGAGGGCAGCCUGUCGUUCAAGGACCUCGCAGAGAGCCUGUGGUCUGGGAAGCUAGCGGCGAACCUGUGGUCUGGGAAGCUAGCGGCGAACCUGUGGGCCGGGAACCUAGCAAAGAGCUUGUCAGUCAAUAUCCUAACGAGCAGCCUGUGGGCCAGGCACCUAGCAAUCCUUUGAGCCAAGAACCUAGCGAGGAGCCUGUGGGUCAGGAACCUGGCGAGGAGCCUGUGGGUCAGGAACCCGGCGAGGAGCCUGUGGGUCAGGAACCCGGCGAGGAGCCUGUGGGCCAAGACACUAGUGAGCAUGUUGGAGUGCCUGUGGGCCAGGAACCUAGCGAGCCUGUGGGUCAGGAACCUGGUGAGGAGCCUGUGGGUCAGGAACCUGGUGAGGAGCCUGUGGGCCAAGACACUAGUGAGCAUGUUGGAGUGCCUGUGGGCCAGGAACCUGGCGAGGAGCCUGUGGGUCAGGAACCUGGCGAGGAGCCUGUGGGUCAGGAACCUGGUGAGGAGCCUGUGGGCCAAGACACUAGUGAGCAUGUUGGUGUGCCUGUGGGCCAGGAACCUAGCGAGCCUGUGGGUCAGGAACCUGGCGAGGCGCCUGUGGGUCAGGAACCUGGCGAGGAGCCUGUGGGUCAGGAACCUGGCGAGGAGCCUGUGGGCCAAGACACUAGUGAGCAUGUUGGAGUGCCUGUGGGUCAGGAACCUGGCGAGGAGCCUGUGGGUCAGGAACCUGGCGAGGAGCCUGUGGGUCAGGAACCUGGUGAGGAGCCUGUGGGCCAAGACACUAGUGAGCAUGUUGGUGUGCCUGUGGGCCAGGAACCUAGCGAGCCUGUGGGUCAGGAACCUGGCGAGGAGCCUGUGGGUCAGGAACCUGGCGAGGAGCCUGUGGGUCAGGAACCUGGCGAGGAGCCUGUGGGCCAAGACACUAGUGAGCAUGUUGGAGUGCCUGUGGGCCAGGAACCUAGCGAGCCUGUGGGACAGCAACCUGUUGGAGAGCAGCCUGUGGGCCAGGCAGCUGGAGGGCAGCCUUUCGUUCAAGGACCUCGCGGAGAGCCUGUGGUCUGGGAAGGUAGCAGCGAACCUGUGGGCCUUGAUCCUAGCCAGCCUGUGGGUCAGGAAUCUGGUGAGCCUGUGGGUCAGGAACCUGGCCAGCCUGUGGGCCAAGACACUAGUGAGCAUGUUGGAGUGCCUGUGGUCCAAGAGCCUGUGGGCCAUGAACCUGGAGAGCAGCCUGUGGGCCAUGAACCUGGAGAGCAGCCUGUGGGCCAUGAACCUGGAGAGCAGCCUGUGGGCCAUGAACCUGGAGAGCAGCCUGUGGGCCAAGAACUAAGCAAGCAACCUGUUGGCGAGCCUUUGGGCCAGGACGCUAGCAAUCCUUUCGCACAAGAAUCUAGUGAGCAUGUUGGUGAGCCUGUGGGCAAAUAUCCUAGUGAGCCUGUGGGCCAGCAUCCUGUUGGCGAGCAGCCUGUGGGCCAGGAACUUAACCAGCAGCCUGUUGGCGAGCCUUUGGGCCAAGACCCUAGUGAGCAUGUUGGAGAGCCUGUGGGCCAGCAGCCUGUUGGAGAGCAGCCUGUGGGCCAGCAGCCUGUUGGCGAGCCUUUGGGCCAAGACCCUAGUGAGCAUGUUGGAGAGCCUGUGGGCCAGCAGCCUGUUGGAGAGCAGCCCGUGGGCCAGGAACUUAGCCAGCAGCCUGUGGGCCAAGAACCUAGCGAGCCUGUGGGCCAAGAACCUCGUGAGCAGCCUGUUGGCGAGCCAUUGGGGAAUGAACCUAGCGAGCCUGUGGGCCAGGAACCAAGUGAGAUUUUGGGUAAUGAACCUAGCGAGCAGCCUGUGGGCAAGGAACCUAGCGAGCAGCCUGUGGGUCAGGAACCUAGCCAGCCUGUGGGCCAUGAACCUGGAGAGCAGCCUGUGGGCCAUGAACCUGGAGAGCAGCCUGUGGGCCAAGAACCUAGUGAGUCUGUGGGAGAGCAGCCUGUGGGCCAGGAACUAAGCAAGCAACCUGUUGGCGAGCCUUUGGGCCAGGACGCUAGCAAUCCUUUCGCACAAGAAUCUAGUGAGCAUGUUGGUGAGCCUGUGGGCAAAUAUCCUAGUGAGCCUGUGGGCCAGCAUCCUGUUGGCGAGCAGCCUGUGGGCCAGGAACUUAACCAGCAGCCUGUUGGCGAGCCUUUGGGCCAAGACCCUAGUGAGCAUGUUGGAGAGCCUGUGGGCCAGCAGCCUGUUGGAGAGCAGCCUGUGGGCCAGCAGCCUGUUGGCGAGCCUUUGGGCCAAGACCCUAGUGAGCAUGUUGGAGAGCCUGUGGGCCAGCAGCCUGUUGGAGAGCAGCCCGUGGGCCAGGAACUUAGCCAGCAGCCUGUGGGCCAAGAACCUAGUGAGCCUGUGUGCCAAGAACCUCGUGAGCAGCCUGUUGGCGAGCCAUUGGGGAAUGAACCUAGCGAGCCUGUGGGCCAGGAACCAAGUGAGAUUUUGGGUAAUGAACCUAGCGAGCAGCCUGUGGGCAAGGAACCUAGCGAGCAGCCUGUGGGUCAGGAACCUAGCCAGCCUGUGGCCCAAGAGCCUGUGGGCUAUGAACCUAGCGAGCAGCCUGUGGGUCAGGCACCUAGCCAGCCUGUGGCCCAAGAGCCUGUGGGCUAUGAACCUGGAGAGCAGCCUGUGAGCCAGGACCCUGUUGGAGAGCAACCUGUGGGCCAGGCUUUGGGCCAGGACCCUAGCGAUCCUUUAGGCCAAGAGUCUAGUGAGCAUGUUGGAGAGCCUGUUGGCCAAGAUUCUAGUGAGCCUGUGGGCCAGCGUCCUGUUGGAGAGCAGCCUGUGUUCCAUGAGCCUGUGGGCCAAGAUCCUAGUGAGCAGCCUGUGGGCCAAGAACCUAGCGAGCCUGUGGGCCAAGAUCCUAGUGAGCAGCCUGUGGGCCAAGAACCUAGCGAGCCUGUGGGCCAAGAACCUAGCGAGCGUGUUGGAGAGCAGCCUGUGGGCCAUGAACCUGGAGAGCAGCCUGUGGGCCAGGAACCUAGCCAGCCUGUGGGCCAUGAACCUGGAGAGCAGCCUGUGGGCCAUGAACCUGGAGAGCAGCCUGUGGGCCAAGAACCUAGUGAGUCUGUGGGAGAGCAGCCUGUGGGCCAGGAACUAAGCAAGCAACCUGUUGGCGAGCCUUUGGGCCAGGACGCUAGCAAUCCUUUCGCACAAGAAUCUAGUGAGCAUGUUGGUGAGCCUGUGGGCAAAUAUCCUAGUGAGCCUGUGGGCCAGCAUCCUGUUGGCGAGCAGCCUGUGGGCCAGGAACUUAACCAGCAGCCUGUUGGCGAGCCUUUGGGCCAAGACCCUAGUGAGCAUGUUGGAGAGCCUGUGGGCCAGCAGCCUGUUGGAGAGCAGCCUGUGGGCCAGCAGCCUGUUGGCGAGCCUUUGGGCCAAGACCCUAGUGAGCAUGUUGGAGAGCCUGUGGGCCAGCAGCCUGUUGGAGAGCAGCCCGUGGGCCAGGAACUUAGCCAGCAGCCUGUGGGCCAAGAACCUAGUGAGCCUGUGUGCCAAGAACCUCGUGAGCAGCCUGUUGGCGAGCCAUUGGGGAAUGAACCUAGCGAGCCUGUGGGCCAGGAACCAAGUGAGAUUUUGGGUAAUGAACCUAGCGAGCAGCCUGUGGGCAAGGAACCUAGCGAGCAGCCUGUGGGUCAGGAACCUAGCCAGCCUGUGGCCCAAGAGCCUGUGGGCUAUGAACCUAGCGAGCAGCCUGUGGGUCAGGCACCUAGCCAGCCUGUGGCCCAAGAGCCUGUGGGCUAUGAACCUGGAGAGCAGCCUGUGAGCCAGGACCCUGUUGGAGAGCAACCUGUGGGCCAGGCUUUGGGCCAGGACCCUAGCGAUCCUUUAGGCCAAGAGUCUAGUGAGCAUGUUGGAGAGCCUGUUGGCCAAGAUUCUAGUGAGCCUGUGGGCCAGCGUCCUGUUGGAGAGCAGCCUGUGUUCCAUGAGCCUGUGGGCCAAGAUCCUAGUGAGCAGCCUGUGGGCCAAGAACCUAGCGAGCCUGUGGGCCAAGAUCCUAGUGAGCAGCCUGUGGGCCAAGAACCUAGCGAGCCUGUGGGCCAAGAACCUAGCGAGCGUGUUGGAGAGCAGCCUGUGGGCCAUGAACCUGGAGAGCAGCCUGUGGGCCAGGAACUUAGCCAGCAGCCUGUUGGCGAGCCUUUGGGCCAAGAACCUAGUAAGCAUGUUGGAGAACCUGUGGGCCAGGAACCUGGCGAGCAGCCCUUUGGCGAGCCUGUGGGCCAAGAACCUAGUGAGCAGCCUGUUGGCGAGCCUUUGGUUCAGGAACCUAGUGAGCAUGUUGGAGAGCAGCCUGUGGGCCAAGAACCAAGCCAGCAGCCUGUGGGCCAAGAACCAAGCCAGCAGCCUGUGGGCCAAGAACCAAGCCAGCAGCCUGUGGGCCAAGAACCAAGCCAGCAGCCUGUGGGCCAGGUACCUAGCGAGCAGCCUGUGGGCCAGCAACCUGUUGGGGAGCAGCCUGUGGGCCAGCAACCUGUUGGGGAUCAGCCUGUGGGCCAGCAACCUAGCCAGGAUGAAGACCCUGAGAGCUCCCAGUCCAAGCAGACGUCUGAGAACCCUUUGACUUGGCGCUAUCCUGAAGUUGCAAAGCCUGAGCACAGGCAUACUGUGUCUGAGCGGCUGAAGCAGGUGGCGGCCAACAGUGUGUCGGCUCAGUGUGGGGAGAGUGUGGUCCGGGUGCAGGUGAACCAGGACCUGCUGGGGAUUGGCCGGCUCAUACAGCCAGAGCGUAUCACUCUAGGAGGUUGUGCUGCCACUGAGGAGGACGCUGACGUUCAUGUGAUCACCUUUGAAUCAGAGCUGCAUGGCUGUGGCAGUGAGCUGACGAUGACUGAGGAUGUGCUGAUCUACACCUUCACGCUUGUCUAUGAGCCAAAACCUCUUGCUAACACUUCUAUAGUGAAGACCAGUGCAGCUAUGGUUGAUAUUGAGUGCCACUACUUGAGGAAUCACGAUGUGAGCAGCAAUGCCCUGAAGCCAACCUGGAUCCCCUACACUUCCAACAUGGUGGCAGAGGAACUCUACUUCUCCCUGAGGUUAAUGACUGCCGACUGGCAGUUUGAGAGGCCCUCCAACCUUUACUAUCUUGGUGACAUCAUCAACAUGGAAGCCUCGGUCAUGCCGUACCACCACGUUCCCCUCCGUGUCUUUGUGGACCGCUGUGUCGCCACCUUGGCGCCUGAUGUCCACACUGUCCCUAGAUAUUCUUUCAUUGAGGACCAUGGGUGUCUGGUUGAUGCCAAGUUGACCGGCUCCAGCUCCCAGUUCCUGUCCAGAUCCCAGGAUCACAAGAUCCAGUUUCAGCUGGAGUCCUUCAGGUUCCAACCACAGAAUGAUUCCCAACAGCUCUACAUAACAUGUCAUCUGAAAGCAGCUGCAGCCUCUUCCCCCAUUGAUGCUGAGAACAAGGCCUGCUCUUUCACUGAUGGCUGGAAGGCUGCAGGUGGGGAUGACCUGGUUUGUGGCUGCUGUGACUCCAGCUGUGCUGUGAGCAAGGCUAGAGAUCUGGACAGUGAUUUAGAUAUGCAGAAGGAAGGUGAAGCUACCUUGGGCCCUAUCAUGGUCCAAGUGUAAUAUUACAAGAAUCUUGCCUAUUUAACUUUUUGAGGAGAAUAAACCUGUUACAAUGUUCACA